AUGUCGGUUGUAUUGUUAAUAACAUUUAAUAUUUUCGCACUGGUAUUUGUCUUAUUUGAUAUGACCGUUUGGAUAACAUCAUUUGGCAUUCGAAUUGCACGAUAUUAUUUAUGUGAUUCGAUAAUGUUGUAUAAAUUAACAUUGCAUGCAACGCAGUUGUUUAUUUGUUUGGCAUUGUUACGAGAGAAAUUUAAAUGUGUUAAUCUAUUGUUACCGUUGGCGGCAAAAGAUCAGUAUUAUGAUGUACAAACGAUUGUGGAUAUUAAAUGUGGUAGAGAUGUCAAACCAUCAACUGUAACAGAUAAUAAUGGAACAGAUAAAAUGAAAAAACCUCCAACAGUCUUUGUAAUGAUGACACAAAGUGUUUAUUGUGGAGUAGUAUUUGGCAUUGGUUUACAAAAAACUUUAAAUACCAAUUUUGAUUCGGAUCUUGUAAUUGCUGUAAUGGUGUGUUGGACAUUUUAUUCAUUGAUUUUGGUCGUUUUGUUGACCAGUCUGUGUGACUUUACAAUGAAUGCAGCCAAUGAUGCAGGAAUUAUUGCCCAUAAGAUUUUAUUAGAAGAUGGUCUGAAUGAACAAACAACUACUGAACUAAUUCGUAUGGCUGCACAAAUUCAGCAACAAAAUUUAAAAUUCACUGCUUCAGGUUUAUUUGGUGUCAAUUUAACAACAUUGUUGCAGCUAUUAGGUGCUGUAUCAUCAUAUAUUAUUGUAGCAUUCCAAUUUGAAGGCAUGACACCAAGUGAAGUACCAUCCCCAGCGGCAAUGUUUAACGGUACAAUAUUUGAUAACCUGAUUAAGAUAUAG